UUUCUCCGAUAAAUUGUGAUAUUCAAAACAAAAUCUAUUAUAAAUAAGACGUCUUAUCAAAAAAAAAAAUGAUUCUUCGGACUUGAUUAAAACCAUCAAUACCCAAUUAUUAUCAACACUUCAUAUAUAUAUAUAUAUAUAUAUAUACUGUAUAUUAACAUUAACCUAAUACAAUCUCAUAAUUUUAUUUUAGUUUAUUUAUUUUAUUUCAUGUCAUCAAUCUUCGCUUCUUAAUAUUAGCGUAAAUUGUGAAUUAUGAAUAAUAAUAAUAAUAGUAUUUGUAAUAAAUCUGUUCAUAAAAAAAAUGUACAACAUCCACUUUUAAUUAAUUUCGGUGAGAAUCAAGAUGAUGAUGGUUUCGAUGAAUUCAUUCUCGAUACUUUUCGUUUUGUUGGUGGUAGAAGAUAUCAUAAUGUCUCCAGUUCAAAAUAUUUUCUACCGAAUGAUUUAACUGAAAUGGAUCGUUUAGAGAAACAACAUUAUCUUUUUCGUCAUAUUUGGAGAAAUAAUUUUUCUGCUCCUGUGCGUGAAAAAUUAUCACAAAAAGAAAAUCAUCCUUGCGUUCUUGAUGUUGGAUGUGGACCCGGAACUUGGGUAACAGAUAUGGCAUUCGAAUAUCCAUCCGCUAUAUUCAUAGGAGUUGAUAUUUCUCCUAUCUUCCCAUCAGAACAGAAAAAACCUGAUAAUGCAACUUUCCUUCAAAAUAUGUUGGAUGGACUUCCAUUCGAAGAUGAUACAUUCGAUUUCGUUUAUCAACGUUCCCUUGCUUCGGCUAUUUCAGAAGACCAAUGGAAAAAUGAUGUAAUUUACGAAUUACAUCGUGUAACUAAACCAGAUGGAUGGAUCGAAUUAAUGGAACCCGAAUUUCUUUUUUCAAAGGAAACUGAUGCACCAAAUUGUCAUAAAUUUAGUCGAGCACUAUUGGGUUUUCUUGCUACUCUUGGAAUUAAUGGCUUUAUUAGUUCACAACUUGAAAAUAUAUUAACAAGCACUAAAUUAUUUAAAAAUAUUCAUUGUGAAGAACGUUCAACACCGAUUGGACAAUGGGGUGGUAGACUUGGUGAAAUGAUGUGUAAUGAUUAUAUCGAAAGCGCUGAAGCCUGUAAACCCGCUUUAUCACAAUUUAUUGGCAUUUCACACGAAAAAUUUGAUUCCAUGUUGGAAAACAUUCGUAUGGAAAUUAAUCAAAAUCGGCUGUAUUAUAAAACUCGAAGAUUUUAUGCCCAAAAAGCCUGAUCACUGAUUAGCGAUGUUAGAAAAUUCCAGUUUAUUUUUAGUGUAUAAUCUUAUACAAAACAAUGAUAAGAGAAUUUAAAACGCCAAAUUAUAAUAAUGAAUCAAGCACUUAAAAAGAUUUUAUUUCUUUCGCGGAAUACGUAAGAAACUUAAAUUUAAGAUUCAAAC